AUGGCUCCUCAAACGCUGUUGCAGUUACUCCAAUCACGCAGUAUUGUGGACUGUGAUACUAUGGACGUUGAAGUUCCCAAGACCCUCGGUCAAUUCGUCGAUUGCACUUCCAAUCAAGCCAUUGCCUAUGGCGAGCUUGCGAAGCCAAACAACCAGAAACUGGUUGAAGAUGCAGUCAGCCUCAGCAAGAAACUCACUUUAACUUUUCCAGAUAUACCACGCAAAGUAUUAGCAGGCGAGAUUGCUAUGGUCAAGCUCCAAUAUGGAAUCUCCAAGCAUGUAACAGGUUUCGUCCAUAUCCAAACAAACCCCUACCACUCAUACGAUACUGAAAAGACAGUCUCGGAUGCUCAAAGAAUCAUCCAACUCUUCAAGAUCCUCGACCCAGGUUUUGAAGCCGCUCGCAUCUGCAUCAAGAUCCCGAGCACUUGGGAAGGUCUCCAGGCCUGCAAAAUCCUCCAAGCAAGUGGCGUCACCACACUGGCCACAACGCUCUUCACUAUCGAGCAAGCAGCUCUAGCUGGUGAAGUCGGAUGUCACUAUAUCGCUCCCUAUGUCAAUGAACUAAAAGUUCACUUUGACCCUGGAUUCGUCGACAAUAAUAAAGCGCAAUCCCUCUGCCUCCAAACACAGCGCUACUAUGAAGCUCACAAGCUCACCACGCAAGUGCUGCCCGCUAGUCUUACGUGCAUCGAAGAGAUCAUGGCGCUGGCUGGCGUGAACCACAUCACCAUCGCUCCCGGACUGCUGAAAGAGCUUUCCUGGAAGCCAGCUGCAGGCAAUGAGACAGUGAGUUUGUUUGACGAGGCGCCGGUAGGGUCUAAGAUGCAGGAGCUGCUUAGCUUUGCGGGUGAUGAGAAGGCGUUCCGUAUUGCUUUUACGUUGAGUGGUCGUGGAGAGGGGGAGAGGAAGUUGGAUCAGGCGAUUAACAUUUUCUGCGAGAUGCAGGAUAAGAUGGAGUUAUUGAUGGGAUGA